CCGAGAAGCAAAGAUGAUGGCAUCCAUAAGGAAGAAACACAAGAGCGUCUAAGCAGUUCUCUCUUCUAGAUCCUUGUUCGCUCCAAAGAGAAGAAUCGAAAUCAAAAUAAAGCCAAGCAUGGAUGGAGAAGGAACCACUACUAUCGCAGCUCGUCAAGCGCUGCAUUAGAUCCAGGGACUUACGCCAGGCCCGCAAACUCCACGCCCAGAUCGUCGCCACCAACAGCCGCUACUUCCUCAACCUCCUCAUCGACAUGUACGGCAAAUGCGGGGGCGUGGACGAGGCCCGCCGCGUCUUCGCCGCGGUAGCGCCGCAGUCCAACGUGGUCACCUGGAACGUCAUGCUCACGGCAUAUGCCCAGAACGGGCAUCUCGAGGACGCAAAAUCCCACUUCGACGCCAUGCCGCGGCGCAACGUGCUGACGUGGAAUACCAUGCUGUCGGCGGCAUUUUCCAUGCCGCGCGGUACAGCCGCGGGCGCCGCGGCGGUCUUUGCCCGGAUGCCGCAGCGUACGGCCGUGUCGUGGAACGCCAUGGCCAGCGCAUAUUCGCAGUAUGGGCAUUUUGCCGAGGCCAAGAACACGCUUGAUAGAGCUCCAGAGAGGGAUCGUGUCUCCGGGCUGUGCGCGAUCCACGCGCUAGGGCAGCUGGGGCGGUGCCGCGAGGCGAGGGAGAUCUUCGAGGGGCUGGAGCGGCGGGAUCUGGCGGCAUGGACGAGCAUGCUGCUGGCGCUGGUUCACGCUGGAAAUCCAAGCUUCCUUCUCGAUGCUGCCAUGGGAUUGUUCGCGAGAAUGCCGGCGUGGGAUGGAAUCCCCUGGGCCGCGAUGAUCGGGCUGUGCGGCGAGGCCGGGCGAGUGGAAUCCGCCAAGAGUCUGUUCGACGCGAUGCCGGAGAGGGAUGUUUUCCCGUGGGGGGCUUUGAUCCAGGCGCAUGCGCUGGAUCAAGAUCUGGAACAGGCGAGGAGGGCGUUCGAUCGAAUGCCGCAGCACAAUCUCCAGUCGUGCACGAGCAUGAUCACGGCAUUCGCGCAGGGGCGCGAUCUGGAGCAAGCGCAGCGUGUUUUCGAUGGAAUGGGCGAGCACGACGUGGUGUCAAGGACGAGCUUGAUCCAGGCCUAUGCUCUAAACGGGCAUAUCGAUCGCGCUAGAACGAUGAUGCUCGCUAGCAAGGGGGGCCACGAUCUUGUUCUGUGGAACACGAUGCUCGCAGCGUAUGCCCUGCUUGGGCAUCUGGAAGAAGCUAAGAUCUUGUUCGAUCGGAUACCACAUCGAAACAUUGGUUCAUGGAACGCCAUCUUGCUGGCUUACAUUCACAAGAACGAUCUCAUCCGAGCUAGAGAAGCGUUUGAUUCGAUGCUAGAGCGCAAUCCCACGUCGUGGACGAUGAUGCUCGCGGCGUAUGCCUUGAAUGGGGAUGUGGUUCGCGCGGGCGAGCUCUUCCAAUCGGUGUCACACCAGGACGAGAUCGCGUGGACGCUGAUGAUCCAGGCGAACUGCCACAAGGGCGAAUGCAAGCAAGCUCUAGUGCUGCUGCGGUCCAUGGAUUUGGAUGGAAUUCGCCCAAACUCGAUCACAUUCUUGGUGAUCCUCCACGGAUGUAGCCACGCUGGGAUGGUGGAAGAGGGCAGGGAUUGCUUCCUGGCGAUGAGCAGCGUCUAUGGGAUCGCGCCAGAGCACGAUCACUACUGCUGCAUUGUGGAUUUGCUGGGGCGAUCCAACAGGCGAUUGCUGGACGACGCGGAGGAGCUUGUGGAAUCGAUGCCCUACUUGCCCGGGGCGGUGGCGUGGGCGGCGCUGCUGGGCGCGUGUAGGGUUCAUGGCGACGUCGAGAGGGGCGCUCGAGCUGCCAAGAAUGUGAUGAAGCUCGAUCCAGGGAACUCCUCCGCGUUUAUGUUGCUUUCCAAUGCGUGCUCUUCGCAAAUCUCCAUCACUGCCAGAGAUGGGUAGGAUAGUCGUGUUCUUCAUCUCUUUCGAUCAAGCGUUCUUCAUCUCUUUCGAUCGAGCGUUCUUCAUCUCGUUCGAUCGAGAGUGUUCAUCUCUUUCGAUCGAGCGUGUCAUCUGGAAAGAUUCGUUGAUCCAUUGAAAGCUACGAGCUGAUCGACA